CAGAAGAAACAGAUAGUUUGAAACCGGUAAUGGUAUGGAUUCAUGGUGGGGGUUUUGUUAGUGGAUCCAGUUCAACCCAACUUUAUGGUCCAGAGUUUUUGCUUACUCAAGAUGUAGUUCUUGUAACCAUUAACUACCGACUAGGAAUAUUUGGUUUCCUGCGUAUAAAAGAUCCAAAGUUUCACAUAAGUGGAAAUAUGGGUUUUAAGGACCAGGUAGCUGCACUGAGAUGGGUGAAGAACAAUAUAAUUCAAUUUAAUGGCGACCCAAACAAUAUCACUCUGUUUGGCGAAAGCGCUGGUUCAGCUUCGGUUCACCUUCACAUUUUGUCUCCACUUUCCAGCAAUCUAUUUCACAAAGCAAUACUUCAGAGCGGAUCUGCUCUAAACCCUUGGUCUGAAGAAUGCAAUCACAACGCUGUAACCAUUGCUAGGUUAGCUAAUAAGAGCGUAGACACAGAAAAAGAAGCUGUGGAGUACCUUCGAGGCAUUUCUGUAGAAGAACUGUUUGCUUUACAAACUACAACAAUAGCAAAGGCAGAGCCAGGUUCAAUAUGGCCAUUCGGUUUGGCAAUCGAGGAUAGCUCAAACAGAGGUGCCUUUAUGUCAAGAAGACCUAUAGAUAUUAUUACCUCAGGGGAUUACAACAAGGUCCCUAUUAUUUUCGGAUAUAAUAGUAGAGAAGGUCUCGUAUCUCAAUUGAAUAAAGUUGCCAAGGGAUCAUUUAAGGCUGAAAAACCGGAACAUUUUAUACCACACAAUGUGAAUUUUAAAAACAAUGUAAUUCUACGUCGGAAUUACGUGGAUAAGUUGAAAAAUUUGUACUUUUCUGGAACCACCGAAGAAGAGGCUGUGAUCUCAAUUUUAGGAGACGCCUGGUUUGUAGUUGGAAUUAUAGGAGCUGUAAAGGGUCACUCUCAAACAUCUAUGUUACCAAUUUACUUAUACAAGAUGUCUUUGGAUACUAAGCUAAAUAUGUUUAAGACUAUGCUAGGCAUUAAUGAUAUUCCAGGAUGUGCCCAUGCUGAUGACAUUGGCUAUCUGUUCAAAACAUUUGUAACUCCACCUAUCGAAGCAGACAGCACUGAAGACAUCAGUUUGAGGAAUGUUCUGAAAUUAUGGACCAACUUUGCCAAGUAUGGCGACCCCACUCCUGACGAAACCGAAUUCGGUAUUACAUGGAAACCGACAAAGGCGCGCCAAUUGAAUGUUUUGAAUAUUGGAUCAGAGCUAAGUUUGUCGGUAAAUCCCGAGAAUAAGAGGCUGGAGUUAUGGAGAGAGUUGUACAGUCAGUCGCAAGCUACAAUAAAAUAUUUGUAAAAUAAAAAUCGUCAAUAAAAAAUAAAAUGAACGUUAAUAUAAAU